AUGACAGUCACCGCCAUGGACAGCAAAGGGGCUCACAUAGUGGAGCGUCAUGAUGCCCAACCAUAUGAGGUUCCCCAAGGGCCCGAGGGUUGGUACGCCAAACAAGGAGGCCAGGCCGAAUUAGUUCAGCUAUACCCCGUGCCUGAGAAGUCCCAAACCUUCCGUUCUACCCGGGACACAGCCUCCCAGUUCCCGCAUGGAUGCAAAGCUAUCGUAGAUAUUGUUGCCAUCCACGGCCUUGGGACGACACAUGCUUCUUACAUUUGGAAGCCAUCCAGCGAGGCAGAGCCUAGAGGAGCACAUUGGCUCCAAGACCCGGAAAUGCUGCCGGCCGUGAUUCCGAACUCAAGGAUAUUCACUUACGAGUGGAACUCUGGGUUUGAUCAAAAUGCGGCUAUGAAGAAUAUGGCAGAGCAUGCCGAUGAGUUGCUAAGACAACUAUAUAAAUUGAGGACCGCACCUGAUUCAACAGGCCCAGACGGUGAAACUCGGCCUAUUAUCUUUAUUGCUGCUUGCUUUGGAGGGCUGCUAUUGCUUAAAGCGUUCUCUCAGGCCGUGACUGAAGACCAUCAGUCCCCAUACUCUCUAAUUCCGCUGCAAACAGCGGGUGCUAUUUUCAUGGGCACCCCGUUUUCGGGCAGUCACGCUAUACUGUACGAAACAUGCAACUUGCGGAUGCGUAUCGGAGAACAUCUCGGGAAGGACACUUCUCAAUACCUCGUAAGCCUUCUAAAAAGUGACAGCAGCGAAUUGGAGGAGAUAGUGCAAGACUUUAGGCAAUUGAGUUCAAGACCCGAGUUCGACUUCCCUGUGUGUUGCGUCUACGAAACAAGAGACGCGGACUACAGCACAUCAAUGGGUAAAGUCAGAAAGUACCUACAGAGAAAAAUGCGCGAAAGGAGAGGCUGGAGGUUUGGCCAAAAUGAUAGGGUUCUUGACAAGCUGUGGAUGGAGCUACAAGAUACGAUGGAAAGUGAUUUAUCCAUGAUGGUCGUAAACUGCCAAUCAGCCACCCUUCCUGGGCACGAGAAACUCGCUCUUGACGUUAAGCACGGCAACUUGAUACGAUUUCCCGGGGCAGACGAUCCGUCUUUCAGAAAGAUUGCAGACCUCGUGAAGAAGAUGGCCGGACAAGCUUCCGAAGUCCUGCGCCGAAAGAAAAACGACGUUUAA